AAAAAAAUAAACCAAGUAAUAGAAAGGUCGUACGUACGUUUUCCUUCUCCUCUUCCCCCUCUUUCUUCUUCUUCUUAUCGGUUUCUAUUGAGUUUUCCUCUUCUUCUUCUACUUACUCUCUGUCAGAUUCUUAGUUUCAUAUUUAUCUCUUGGUGUUAAUCUGUUUCCCUUUGUUUCUCAAUUGGCUCCUAAUCCGGUGGGCAGCCAUGGGAGACAUCGUGAAGCAGAUCCUAGCCAGACCAAUUCAAGUGGCUGAUCAAGUCACCAAAUGGGCAGACGAUGUUCAAUCAUUCAAACAGGAAUGUGCAGAACUUAAAUCGAAAACUGAAAAAUUAGCCGGACUUCUGAGACAAGCAGCUCGAGCCAGCUCCGACUUAUACGAACGUCCAACACGACGUAUCAUCGACGACACCGAGCAAGUCCUCGAUAAAGCAUAUCUCCUUGUUGAAAAAUGCAGAGCAAAUGGGAUGAAACGUCUCUUUACGAUUAUCCCUGCGAAUUCGUUCAAGAAGAUGUCUGCUAAUCUGGAGAAUUCAAUUGGAGAUGUUUCUUGGCUUCUCCGUGUCUCUGCCUCAGGCGAUGAUCGAGAUGAUGAAUACCUUGGUCUUCCUCCUAUUGCUGCAAAUGAGCCCAUACUCUGUUUAAUCUGGGAACAAAUUGCAACCCUCUAUAAAGGAUCUCUUGAGGAUCGGUCCGAUGCUGCUGCUUCUCUUGUUUCUCUUGCUCGUGAUAACGAUAGGUAUGGGAAAUUGAUUAUUGAAGAAGGUGGUGUUGGUCCGUUACUGAAAUUGGUUAAAGAAGGUCGUUUGGAAGGUCAGGAAAAUGCUGCGAGGGCGAUCGGGUUACUCGGUCGUGACCCUGAGAGCGUCGAGAAUAUGAUUCAUGCUGGUGUUUGUUCUGUGUUCGCUAAGAUUCUCAAAGAAGGACCUAUGAAAGUUCAGUCGAUGGUGGCUUGGGCUGUUUCUGAGCUUGCAGCUAAUCAUCCUAAAUGCCAAGAUCAUUUUGCUCAGAACAAUAUAAUUCGUUUACUCGUGAGUCAUCUCGCGUUCGAGACGGUUCAAGAACAUAGUAAGUAUGCUAUUACUAGUAAUCACAAAUCCAUUCAUUCACUUGUAAUGGCAAAUAAUGACAAUGCUGGAAACAACGUCAGUAAUAACAACAACAAGGGACAUGAAGACGAAGAAAAGACGAUCGCACAUCCUAUGGGGAACCAAAAUCCUAACCAAAUGCAGAAUGUGGUUGCUAAUACCAUGGCUAACAACACAAUUACUAAAUCUAAUAGCAAACCAUCAGCUCAUGGUCCGCAAAGCAAGCCACCGAAUCCACACCACCACACCAAGAGCAACCCAAUCCCAAAACAUACCCACCAGCAAAAUAUUAAUUUAGCUGGAACUAGCAUUAAAGGGAGGGAAUUCGAAGACCCUGUUACAAAAGCCACCAUGAAGGCAAUGGCUGCAAAAGCCCUUUGGCAUCUUGCUAAAGGUAAUUCCGCUAUAUGCAAAAGCAUUUGUGAAUCAAGAGCACUUCUAUGUUUUGCUGUUCUUCUUGAGAAGGGAGUGGAUGAUGUUCAGUACAAUUCUGCAAUGGCAUUGAUGGAAAUUGCUGGCGUAGCUGAAUAUGAUACUGAUCUUCGAAGGUCUGCAUUUAAACCCAAUUCGCCUGCUGCAAAGGCUGUAUUUGAUCAACUACUGAGAAUUAUUCAAGAGGCUGAUUCGGAUCUUCUAAUCCCUUGUAUGAGAGCAAUGGGAAAUUUGGCGAGAACAUUUAGAGCAACAGAGACAAGGAUCAUUGGGCCAUUGGUAAAGUUACUCGAUGAGAGAGAAGCAGAUGUUUCUCGGGAAGCUGCAAUCGCGUUGUCGAAGUUCGCUUGCUCGGAGAAUUACCUCCACGUGGAUCACUCAAAGGCCAUUAUAAAUGCAGGAGGAGCAAAGCACUUGAUACAGCUAGUAUACUUCGGGGAACAAAUGGUUCAAAUACCCUCAUUGAUUCUACUAUGUUACAUAGCUCUGUCUGUUCCAGACAAUGAGGCGCUCGCACAAGCAGAAGUACUAACAGUUCUUGAAUGGUCAUCUAAGCAAGGGUACAUGAUACAAGACGCUACUGUAGAAACUCUAUUGCCUGAGGCCAAAGGUAGGUUAGAACUCUAUCAAUCUAGAGGUUCAAGGGGAUUCCAUUGAUCCAAAAUUGACACAAUCAAAUCCUGGUUAAAAAAUUACACGAUUCCUUUGUUUAGAUUUUUUUUUUCUUUUGUAAUUUAUAAUUUACUUUUGGUUAAACCCCUUAUGGUUCUCAAAUGUAGUGUACAUACAGCUAGUACAAAAAAGAAGUCACUUAAACAAACCAUAUUACCCAA